UGAUAUUGUGAACAUGAUCUCACAUUCACAAUUCUGCCGGUGGCUUGCGACAGGCGGCCUAGAGACAAAUAGCUUUAUUGUAUCUCAGCAGCCUCAAUAUGCUAUAUUGAGAUGACCAUGCAUCUACCGCGGGUAUUCCGCACUCAGAUACAACUCAAAUGGGUUGACGUAAGGCACACCAGCAGACAUAGUCGCCGUAUGGCUCGGGGAAGGUACAAGGAUGUUGGGCAAGACACAGAGGACCGCAUACAUCAAUUAUGCCCACUUACCCAACAAGCAUGUCUCCAAACCCUUACGAUAACGAAUAGGCUGUCGCGCCAAUUGCGCAUGCAUGGCAACAUACAUGGGCACGUGGAGAGCCUAAGCCUAGCUGUCCAAAGUCCCGUGCCCCAAACAACAGUAAGGGUGGCGCAAAACUUAGCAAAAAGCUCUAGCAAAAAGCAAUGCUUGCGCACCACGAAACUCUCCAACUGAACAACCACUGUCGCAUCUGACAUUCAGGUAUAUUUGAGCCGUAAUUACCGGACUUAGAUACCAGCAGUGCCUCUGAUAGGCUACGCUAAGCGGAAGAUGCCCAGAAGUUGGUUUUCUAAGCGUAAUCAAGUCACGAAUUGAACCAUGAAGAUCCUGUGACAGCUGUUAGCAGACUAGACU